AUGCCGCGUCAGGGAAGCAUCGAUUUAGACUCGGCCGAUCGGCCGUUUGAUAAUAUCAUCAACUUUCGCGAUGUUGGUCGCACGAUCAACCACUUCUGUGGGACUCAGAUUUUGAAAGAAGGCGUGCUUUUUCGCAGUGCCAGGCUUGACGAUGCCUCAGAACGAGAUAAACGGCGACUUGCCGAGGAACUGCACAUUGCGACAGUGAUCGAUUUACGAUCUCAAACCGAACACCAGAUGGGAACCCGCAAACGCCGCGCCGAAAACGCAGGCGCGAGCGAGGAUCCCGACAUCGACUUCACGAGAUCUCGCGUGCCUCUAGACGCUGAUGAACAUCUGCUGCAAAUCCCCGAGUGUCACCGCGCCCGGAUCAGCUUGACGGGCAAGGGGUUCGAACGUGCUUUACUGGCUAAACUCGAUUGGCCCACUUAUCUCAAAGUCAUUGCGUGGGCCGCCACAGGUUAUCGCGCUGAUGCUAUCCGCUUGAUCGGUGAACAGGUGAUGCAGCCGCGAGGGUUAACAGGACUCGCGCAGGAUACCCUGGAUUCCAGUACUAGCGAGAUACGCGCGGUAUUUGAGCUGCUGGCGAAGGAAGAGGCGUAUCCGCUGGUUGUGCAUUGUACUCAGGGCAAAGAUCGGACUGGUCUGGUCAUUCUGAUGGCGCUUUUGCUUGCGGGUGACGCGGUGCCAGCGACUGCUAUUGCUGAUGACUACAUCCGGUCGGAGCUAGAACUAGUCCCUGAGUUUGAGGAGCGAUUACGCGAAAUCCGUGCCUUGGGGUUAGGCGAAGAAUACACCCGUUGCCCGCCCGGAUUUGUGGACUCGACAACCCAGUACCUGCAGGACAGGUACGGUGGCGUGCGAGGGUAUUUGGCCGGCAUCGGCAUUGAUGCGGCGAUGCAAGAACACAUACGACAGAUUUUAUUGAUCCAGUGA